AUGAUACAAUCAGAAUUCAAACUCCGGGUUGAUAUUGCUCUCUAAUGUGAACAAUACAAAAACAUUUUUUAUUCUUGUUUUAUCACAUCAUCAGCUUAUCCGACAUAUAAUGAUGAUGUUGUUAUGAAUUAAACGAAUUCGAUCAUAGAAGCAUAUUAAACAAUUGAAUCCCCAGAAGUUAGAUAUGAAAUUCAAAUGAAAGCUAGUAAGAGAAUCAAAAUUGAUGCCAUUCAAUAUUGCAUCCUUCAACAAACAGGUUUGACAGCUUAAUAAAUGUAUGAUGAGUCAGAAGUGGGAUAAUUCAAUGUUACUUAAUAUUAUUAUUUGAUGAAUGACUUUGAUUUUUCAUAAUAUUAAAAUCAAUCUGCCAAAAUUACCUUUGAUGAAGCUGAAGAAUCAGUUUGGAGAAUCAUGGAAAUUUCUAAGCAAAAUGGUGGGAAAUUAUUGGCUCUUCUUAAUACCCUGAUUAUUUGGAGUUUCCAUACGAACCUAAAGUCUUUGGUCAAUCAAUAGACAAAUAAUCAAAUCUUUCGAAAUUGA